AGGUUACUGACAAUGACGAAGUGAGCAGAGCUGCGGGCAAGCGAGACCCCUGCUGCUACUGGCAAAAUGUGGGAACCCGGAUGCCCGGUCAACGACGUGCUAGCACCUAGUGGGUCGGAGCUGGCGAAUUCGAAGAGAAGUUGCUUGGCCGACCUAGAGGGCGUCGAGGCCCGGGACACUGGCGCAGCCAAUCACCAAAGCUCUCCAUGCGCAGAAUGCGAGAACAGGACCUGCUGUACACCAAAGCAUGUAUCCAUGUGGAACAAACUUCUUUCAGGCGCUCGACUGGAAUUGCGACAAACCGCGAGCGGAGGGUUAUCUCUGAUGAGCUUCGCACAACCCUUUCUUCCAUGCAGCAAGGAGCAAGUCAUUCUGCCUGCCGCACUCGUCCACAAGCUGCUUACGACGCACCGUUGCCUGACUGCGCUUGACAUCGACACGGAUAGCUUCAAGGGAUCCGAAGCGCGCCUGUGCGAUGCAUUACAAGGAAAUCAGUCCAUCAGUUUCUUGAAGAUAAACUUCAGCACGUUCAGUGUACAUAAGGACAUCUGUUCGGUGAUAUCCACGCUCGUGAACUUAAAAGAAGUCGAAUGCAUGACGGCGUGCGAGUGUCCGGUGCAGUUUUGCAGCGCGCUGGCGAAGCUUCUACGAACGACAACAAAGCUGACGGCUCUGAGAAUUCCCAAGUUGCACAUAAAUGGCACUGGGGCAAUAAUUUUUUUGCCGGCGCUAGUGGAAAACUCCACACUUAAGGAACUCUCCUUUCAUAGUUCCGCAAUCAGCGAAGCUCGUCCUGAACAGCGUGACGUGUUUGCGAAGUUCCUAAGUGACGACAAAACGCUGACAAAGUUGACCAUAGCAGCCUACAAUGAAGUAAGACAGCAGUCUCUGAAAUGGGUACUUGAGGGUCUGCUGAGGAACACCGCACUCACUCACGUGACCCUCGAAGACUUCAUCGUAGACGCAGACAGCGCUGAUAUCAUGACCAAAGUUCUAGCACACAAUCGCACUUUGCGCACAUUGAACAUCUCAAUUUUGACCUAUGACGCCUGGAUGAGCCGUGUAGGAGGUUCAACAACGUCGUGUCAAACAGAUUUUGGUUCCUGGCUUUUCGCAGUCGCUGAAAACAAGACACUGGAAGCUGUUACGUUGCCCCUGCGAAUCUGGGAACCCGAGCAAUGGGCAGACCUGUUCGAUCUCCUGUCAUCGAGAGAAAGGCGCUUGAAGUUGGCCAUCAAGGGGCACUGCAGCGAACGUCACUUGUGGGAAAAGCUGUGCUGUGCACUCAGAAGGAGCGGCGUCGAGGAGCACGUUUCUUUCGAUACAACUCUGUACAUUUUGGACAAGCACGAAAUGCUAGAAUGCAAAGGGUUUUCAAAAUUCCACUCCUUCCCUUAUCAAGACAAUCAUGGAGAAGUGUCUCGAAUAUUUCGCCGGCUCUCCACUUUCGCCCACGUGAUUUCGGCCCAUCUCGAAAUAUGGAUACCUGACGUGGACGAGGCGCUUAGCUCAGACAUCGCUCACUACAUCGCAUCAACGGCUACGCUGAAGGAGCUGCACCUGACGAUAUGGCUCCGCCACUUAUUUCCAGAAGCGGCCAAGAUCGGUUGGGCGGUCAUAUUAGAAUCGCUGCGCCGGAACACCAGCGUGAAUGAGCUGCGUGUCGUCGCCAGAUUCAUGAAUGGACCGGAAAUACAGCUUUUGGCAGAUGCACUCAAUUCCAACCGCAGCAUCCGUAGGGCGCACGUGAGAAUCGGCGAGCCCGAAGUAGCGGCCGUCUUCAUUCGCCGACUCCACGCUGGGAUCGAGCGUAACCACAACCUUCUCAGUUUGACUGUAGACGGGUGCGUGCUCAGUCGAUCCAGAGUGGAAACAGUGUGGUUCGAGGUCUGCGACGCAACGCGGCGCAACUCUGACCUAGUCGCUCGAGCAGCACAAUUUGUCAGCGGGACACUAGUCGACAGGUACGGCGCCGAAGCCCUGGAGCGGAUCGUCGAGUAUCCAACACUGCUUGAAGAGCUCACGCAGCUGCUUUCAGUCAGCGACGCUGAGGCGAAAGCGUUAGUGCGAGCUGGGCUGAACAGCAUCCGGUGCGUGGACGGGUUCAUGCGGGUGACCGGGGUCGUGAAAGAGCGCGUCUCUUGCCAUCGGCACAAAGACGGUCAGGUGCAGUUGGACGAUCUCAACGAAGACUGCUGGAGUGUAGUGAGACGUCUCCUUAAAGUUGGUGAUGUAAGGGACCCCGUGGCAACGGCACUAUCAAAAGACCGGCUAUCGCCCAUGACGACGGCAGCUUGAGCUGCGUGGAACCAGGUGCAACUUGCACGCUCAGUGCUAAAGGUACCACCAGUACAUGUAGCCGAUUGAAAGACGGAAGCCAGCUGUCUCUCAAUUUCUGCCACCAGCGAGCCAACAGAUAAAAUGUUUCCAGCUAAUCAAAUCCGUAUUUUAGUCUACGUAUAUAUUUACGUACGUAACCAUGUGCUCGUGUAUAUGUGGGUUGCUUCAGCGACACUGUCUCCAAAUACUUAAGCCAAGGAAUUAAAGAUAUACUUACAAUUUUUGACGGCAAAUAUUCGUAAGGUCGAAGAAAUAAUCAAUGAAUAAUUAAUUACCAAAAAGUGCGAACGUUGUGCUUCCUUAUACUUUACUCUUCGAACAUAACGCGCCAUUAAGGACAUUAUACGGUUCAAUAUUACGAGAAACAGAGCACUCUAAAACACAAAGUGCCGCACAAACAGAUAGUCUUUUACAUUCAAAAGGCAUACACGCUCCAAGACAGGUAUAAGCAAGAAUUAAGAAAAAAAGGCGUCGUAUAGCAGUCUUUGCGGCCUUGAACCCAUUUAUGGCCACAGCAGUAGGUUCUACCAGCGGAAAACGCUACGUUCUUCUCCAGAACACUGCCAUGUGCAUAACGUCACGUUCCUUCUUUGGAAUAUUGCAUGCUGUUGCGUCCGUGAUAGGUGCCCAGCCGCCUGCGUUCACGUAAGGUACACGACGGACAAAAGCUCCGCCCAAGUUACCGUACGUGGU